AUGAACCCCGUGGUAUUUUUUUAUACAAGCUCAUCGGAUUCAGACGAGGAGCAUCACCAAGAGGCCAUAAGGUGCAGGAUUCGCGAUAAAAGCAAUCCUAUGGCUUUAUCUGACGCAGCAUUCAGAAAGCGCUUUAGACUCUCUAAAGAUGCAUUUAGUUUCGUCCUGUCGGAAAUAAAAUUUCAAGGGCAUUUAUCAACCGCGGUGCCACCAAUGCUUCAACUAGCGGCAACUUUGUCCCUUUUGGCGAUUAUCGGUUGUAUUGAUGGCACACAUUUUGCUCUUCAAAAACCAACUGAAAAUGAGCAUAUGUUUUAUAAUCGGAGAGGAUACCACAGCCUCAAUUCAAUGAUAAUUUGUGAUCACGAGUAUAGAAUUUUGGCUAUUGACUCGAAAUAUGGUGGAGCAGCACAUGAUUCAUUUGUGUGGAAACAUUCAGCGCAGAGGAGAUUUUUAGAGGAUGAAUACAAUCGGAAAUCAUUUGAAAAAUGUCUGGCUUUUAGGAGACUCAGGUUACCCUUUGGAGCCAUGGUGUUUGACACCAUUCAGAAACCCCGUAGAUGGUUCGAGUCAAGCGCGGUUCAAUGA